UCGUUUGUACAGGAGGAUGGAGAAAGAUGGGAAGUGAGAGGAAAAAACAAGCUGGCCCUUCAGAGCAGAAGCAGUGCAAACGACCAGAGGUGACAGCUGUGCGAAAGGCUGGGAAUGCUAAAAUUAAACGCCUUGUCGAUGACGAUUAUUUAGAUACAAGAAUGCAUGUUUAUUGGGUGAUUUUUAAAUAGAUUUUCAACAGAAUUAAACCAACUUCUUCCUCAGAUGUUGCCAUAAACUAGCAGGGCUGUGCUAACUGUCAUAGAGAUAAACACAUUAUGAUGGGGCAGCUGUUCUCCUCGGAAGAGGAGCGUUCUCGGCUGAAGGAUGCCAUUGGCUCCGUCCUGUAUGACGCCAUGUUGGAAGGUGGAGCCGUACCUGACCUCGGAGUGGUCCACCCGCUCCUCUUAUCCAAUCAGGAUGCGCGUUCAGACUCCCAGGCCGGCCUCCAGGAGCAGCUGACACAGUUGCAGAGUGAUAUUGGGAACCGGGCACCCACGUACCUGAAGGAUCUGAUUGGUCGGCUGUCAGCUUUCUCAGAUGAGCCACCACUGGCCGGCCUGGUGGGAUUAGUGGUCACCAUGGUGAUGGAUAUGGCCUUAACGUCAUCAAAACGAUCGUCCGGAGGGAAAGGGAGGUCAGCAGGUUCAUCUUCAUGCCAGGAGAGAGUUUGGGAGCUUCAGGAGGUGAUGGAGGAGUACUUGAAGCGGUGCAGAAUCAGCCUGAGCGAUAAAAGCCGGUUGACCCAGGACUCCAUCAGACUGGAGGCCCAGUUCAGCCUGAUUCUCACCCAGCUUAAGACCUGCCUGCUGGGAGGAGACUGUAACUCCAGAUCUCUGAGACACUGGGCCUGCGGAGCUGCGUUUCACACCCAGAUGUUGGUUCACCUGGCUUGCCUGGAGGGGAAAGAUGAGCCCCUGUCUGCAAGGGCAGCCCUGGAGCAGUACAAGGAAGACCUAGCCCAGAUCAUACCUGCCUACAGACGUUACAAGUCUAAUACAAUCUCUGUCGGGAAAUGUCGAGGGGGUCUUUUGGCACAAUGUGACCUGUCCAAUGAGGUGCCAGAGGAAGGAGCCAUGACUGGACUCACUUUGACAGACAGGGAGACGGGAAAGAGUGUGACCAUCCCACUCUCCCACAUGGAGACAGCGACAGCUGUCAACCUGGACCUCAUCACCUCAGAUCAGUACGCUCAGGCUUACCUGGAGCAGCUUUUUUCUGAAAAGGGACCUGUGGCAGAUCUGCAGAACUACUUUUCCAAAGCCAGCGAGAGGCUGGGAAUGCAUCGCAUUAACCUGCGGUGUAAAAACAAGGCUGGAGCGGACGUCAUAGACAAGGUAGAGCGAGUAAAUGAGGAAGAGCGACCUGGAGAGUUGGAAGGAAAAGCACAAAGAACAGAGGAAAGACGUCAAACAGAUGAAAAUUUAAAACUGAGUAUUGUUGAGACGCAGUCGGAGGAAAGCAUCGGUUAAAGACUCCACAGUUCAACAAGUGAAUUAAUUUAUAGAAAAUCAGUCCUCUAUUUAAGCAAAAUAAAGACCUAUGCAAAAAAAUGUAAAUCACCCCAGCUGUGUUGUUUUUACUGUGUUAGAAAGUGAGAGCACAAUUUCAAUAAAA